AUGUAUCACUGUAUUGGAGUUCUGACUGAUGAAGUGACAGUACUAAAGCACAAGAGUUCUACAGUUCAUACACUGAAACACUCCCAGGAGGAAUUAGUUAAAGAUUCAGAACAACAAAACCUCAAGCUUGACGAGCUCAGGACUAAAAUCUCUAUCAACACAGAUGAUAAUCUAGUACUACGAGAAAAGAUGUUAUCGAAUGAUCAUAAUAUCAAAACAAUCGAUGGAACUUUGGUUGACUUAAGAAGAAAUUUGUCGUCUCAAAAACAAUUAGUAGAGUCAAAUGUAGAAUAUAUUACGGUAAUGCGGAGACACGAAAUGCAAAUGGAAAAAUCUAUUAUUAGAACGAAAACUGAAAAUAAACAACAAAUUGUAAGGCUUCAAUCUGAUCUAAUAGGUGUACGAGAAGCACAUGAAGAAACUAAGGCACACAUUAACCAAUCAAUAAUGGUAUUUAAAAAAAAUGUGUCAUUUUUACAAAAGAACGCAGACUUAUACGGAAUGACUAUUACAGCAAUACAGAGACACGCACUACAAAUGGACGAAUCUAUUAUCAAAAUGAAAACUGAAAAUAAAGCACAAAUUGAGGACUUGAAAAAGACUUUUGCAUGGCUUCAAUCUGAUCAUAAUGGUGUAAAAGACGUACAAGUAGAAACUAAGACACAACUGAUUCAAACAAAAAUGCUCUUAAGAAACGAAUUGUUGUCUUUACAAAAAAAGGUAGAAUCAACCGAAGUGAAUAUAAAGGCAAUAGAGAAAGACAAUUUACAAAGAAAAAGAACAAUUUUAGAAAUGAAAACCGAAACUAAAGAACAAUUUGAAGACGUGAAAAAGACUUUUGCAAGGCUUCAAUCUGAUCAUAAUGGUGCUAAAGACGUACAAGUAGAAACAAAUAAACAACUGAUUCAAACACAACUUCUCUUAAGGAAUGAGUUGUUGUCUUUACAAAAAAGGGUAGAAUUUACAGAAGUGAAUAUUAAGACAAUAGAGAAAGACAAUUUACAAAGAGAAAGAACAAUUAUGAGAGAUUUGAAUGAUAUAUAUAAAGAACUGGCGAAAGAACUUAAAGAUACCUUUAAACAAAUAAUUGAGCAAGUUACUAAUGUUUAUACAGUGACCCAUCGUAUUAAUGCUCGAAUAGAAAAAUUGGAAGCAAAUCGUUCCCAUGAUACCGGCAUUGUAUGGCUUAUCAAAGAAGGAAUAAAAACGCUUGAAGAAGCAGAACAACAGAAGUUGAAGCUUGACGAGCUCCGGAACAAAGUCUCUGCCAUCACAGAUGAUAAUCUAAAAACACGAGAUAAGAUAUUAUCGAAUCAUCAUAAUAUCAAAACAAUCGAUGAAACUUGUGUGGACUUACGAAAAAAAGUGUCGUCUCUACAAAACAUAGGAGAAUCAAAUGUAGAAUAUAUUACGGUAAUGCGGAGACACGAAAUGCAAAUGGAAAAAUCGAUUAUUAUAACGAAAACCGAACAUAAACAACAAAUUGAAGAUCUGAAUGAGACAAUUGCAAGGCUUCAUUCCGAUUUGAUUGGUGUAAAAAACGAACAUGUAGAAAGUAAGGCACAACUUAACAAAUCAAUAAUGUUACAAAACAAAAUAGACUUAUACGAAGUGACUAGUAUGGCAAUGCAAAGAAACGCACAACAAACAGACAAAUCUAUUAUUGAAUUGAAAACCAAACAUUUUGUACAAACUGAAGACUUGAAAAAGACAAUUUCAAGGCUUCAAUCUGAUCAUAAUAAUGUAAAAUACGCACACGUCGAAACUAAGGAUCAACUGAUUCAAACAAAAAUGCUCUCAAGGAAUGAAUUGCUGUCUUUACAAAGACAGGUAGAAGCAACUGAGGUUGAUAUCAAGGUAAUAGAGAAAGAAAACUUACAAAGAGAAAGAACAAUUGUAGAAAUGAAAACUGAAAAUAUGAGAGAAUCGAAAGAGAUGUAUAACAGACUUCAAUCUAAUCGUAUUGUUGUCAAAGGCGAACACGAAGUAACUAAGAAACCUCUGAAAGAUACCUUUGGAAUAAUAAAUGAUGAAAUUAAGACGGUUGAUAGAGUUAAUGAUUACAUAAAUGAUAGGAUAUAUAAAUUGGAAGCACGUCAAAAGGAUAAAGACAUUGAACAUGUUGUAUGGCUAAUCAAAACAGGAAUAUCAAUUAUUGCAAAUAUAUUAUGGAACACUUUUUUUUCGGAGGACAUAUUUAGUAAAAUGUGA